UGCUCCCCCUCUCGUCAGAGGCAGAGCACCUCAUUAAAUCAGACCAGUGCGGAAACAAAGUGGCGUGGGGAGACGGAGAAGACUGCUUUCUGGAAGACGCGCUUCAGCUUGGAGGAGAGCGCACGGCAUCCCGAGAUGAACCCUCAUAACUGCCUCUCCUUCCUCUUAACUCUGCUGCUUCUCCAAGUUCAGCAGAGCACCUCUGUGCAGGAGAUCCAAACCAGCCAUGAGAACAUUGUGAAAAUCAACUCUGCAGGAGAAAUGAUGCGGUGCUCAGCAGCCAUGGAUAUCCUCUUCCUCAUGGACGGUUCCUACAGCGUUGGGAAAGGCAGCUUCGAGAGGUCCAAACACUAUGCAAUCAAACUCUGUCAAGCACUAGAAAUUGGACCAGAUAAGGUGCGAGUUGGUUUGAUUCAGUUUGGCUCAACUCCUCGGCUUGAGUUUUCCCUGGAUUCGUAUUCCACCAAACAGGAGCUGAAGAAGCAGAUGAAGGACAUUUCUUACAGGGGAGGCAGCACCCAAACAGGCCUGGCUUUAAAAUACAUCCUAAGGAAGGGUUUUCCAGGUGGCCGCAACGCCUCCAGCGUGCCUCGCAUUGCUAUCCUACUGUCGGAUGGGAGAUCUCAGGGCAACUCAGUGCCGGCAGCUGCUCAGCUUAAAGACACCGGCGUGGUUUUGUUUGCUGUGGGCUUGCGCUACCCCAAAUGGGAGGAGCUACAUGCCUUAGCCAGUGAGCCCAUAGAGAACCACGUCCUCUUUGCUGAGCAUUUCCAUGAUGCUGUCAAUGGCCUGUACACGACAUUAACCACCUUUUCUGUCUGCAGUGCCACACCCGCAGGCUGCCAGAUGGAGACAUUUCCCUGUGAGAGGAAGACACUGGAGACAGUUAAAGAGCUGCAGGGGAACUACAUGUGUUGGAAAGGCUCCAAAGGCUAUUCCCCAUACAUGUCUCUGUGUCCCUACUAUAGGUACAACAAGAUUUAUAAGAGACACCAGACAGUCUGCCAUAGAACGAUUUGUCCAGAUCCUUGUGACUCUCAGCCAUGUCUGAAUGGUGGAACAUGUGUAUCAGAAGGUUCAGAGGGCUACCGCUGCGUGUGUCCUCCUGGCUAUGGAGGAGACCUACACUGUGCUCCUGUAUUAUUGCUGGACUGCUCUGUAGAUUUGCUCUUCCUGCUGGAGGGUUCUACCACAAUCACUUUGGAAGGUUUUCUCCGCCUCAAGUCCUUCUUAAAGCGCUUCCUGCAGACUGUGAUUGGAUCUGACAGCCCCAGUAAGGUGGGCCUGGCGGUGUUUGGUGGAGAGCCUCGAGUUGAGGCUCAGGUUGGCAAGUUCAAAGGGGACCUGAGGGGUCUUCUUAAGGCCGUGGAUUCACUUCAGUUAAUUGGUGGUGAGACAAAGACAGGCCAGGCCCUGCGUUACGUUACUCGUCACGGCUUUAUGAGUGCGCCAGUCUUUGCUGAUGUCGCAGAUGACCUUCCCCGUGUGGUGGUGCUGCUCACUGCAACUCCUGCUGUCGACGAGGUGGUUGAGCCGUCUAGAUUUGCCCGAGAUAGAGAGGUCUUCCUGAUAGGGGUGGGACCUGACAGCUUAAAGGGGCAGCUAAAUAACAUCACAGGAAAUCCCCAGAGGACUCUAACUUAUUCGUCACAUGAUAGGAUCACUUUCAAGAUCCCUGAGCUCAAGGCCAAGAUCUGCAGCGUGGAUAUGCAAGGUUGUCUGGGUCAAGCUGUAGAUCUGGUGUUUGCCCUGGAUGCAUCGGGUGGUGUCGGCCGUGACAACUUUGCCACUCUGCGGGACUUUGUGCGGAGUGUCACCGUCCAGUUUGACAUCAACCGUGACGUGGCUCAAGUAGCCCUCGUGGCCUACAGUAGGAGAGCCACCACUGUCUUCAAGCUGGACACGUAUGAGACUGGUUCUUCCAUCCUCAAGGCCAUCGGUGACGCCAAGUACGUGGGUGGAGUGGCUUCGACGGGUGCAGCUUUGCUCCACAUCCACUCUAAUGUUCUCAACAUAGCUAACGGUGCACGGCCUGGAGUUAACAAGGCUGUAGUGGUGGUGACGGAUGGUACAGGUGGGGACGAUGCUGUCGUACCGGCUCAAAAGAUAAGAGACAAUGGAGUCUCAGUGUUUGUGGUUGGUAUUGGAGAUGUACAGAGAGAGAGGCUGAUGCAGAUUGCUGGUGCAGAGGAACACAUGAUCUUAGUGCCGUCUUAUGAGGAUCUCAAGUACUUUGAGGAUGUACUGGUGCAGAUGCUGUGUUCAGAGGUGAAGAAACCAGUAAACCUGUGCAAGCCUAACCCAUGUAUGAAUAAUGGGAUCUGCAUCUUGUCCGGAGGGAGCUUCCGCUGCCAGUGCCAAGGUUAUGAGGGACCACACUGUGAAAGAAGCAGCAGUAGGUCUUCAUCCAGAGGGGAUCUUCCAAGACCUGCUAGCCUGAGGAGGAAGAGCGGGCAGAGGAAGAACCACCGGGGCCUUCUGCAUCACUACAAACUACACCGUCGGAGGCAUAGCGCCUGACAUGUUCUACACUUUUAAACACAAAGUAUACACUGAACCUAUGAACACUUAAGAACCAAGGAUGUUUGCAGGUACACAAUGGAGCAAAAGGAAAUCUAAUAUCUAAUGUUUUUGCCUCAGAAUUUAAAGUUCUUUGCAUCUGUAAUGUAUCCAUUUCUCUGUUAAUACUUUUGUCAGUCACUGCGCUCACUGUUGUGCAAUUGCCUCAGCAUG